AUCAACAAUCUUUUAAGACUUGAAACCAUCAACACUGCGAACUUUGCUAAGUUCAAAUCGAAUUAUAUAUAAGAGUUAUAUUACAAAAAUUGAUGACAACGGUAAAGGAAGUUAUACACAAUGCUAACAGGGCUAGCUGCUGACAAAGCUAAACUGCUUGUCGUUCUUUUGUUGCUAGCUCAAAUCAAUGUAAUUAAUGGACAGUUGUACGCUUUGAACGUGCCCAAUAAGUGUCACGAUGUUUGUCCUAUCGGGUAUCGUGUUGUCUGUGCGUUCUACAAUGGAUGUCUCCGUACAUUUGCGAGCAGCUGCGUAAUGCGCAUGUACAAUUGUAAAUAUCAGAAGAAAUAUCGCAUUAUAUCUCAAGGCGCCUGUGAGUUUAUUAGCAACGAUGAACUUAGUGAGUUACUAGACUAGCGGUUGGUAUUCGCAACAGCAAGAUGAAGUCGUCAGAUGGCGCCACAGUGUACAUGUGUGCGCAUGUGCUAUUUGUAAAUUCCAUUGGUAUUGUGGUUUUGGCUUACUAAAUUGCCAGGAUAUACAUAUAUCCUGCUACUGUUGCCGUUGCUGUUGCUGCUGCUGUGUGAUUUUUUUUAUGUGUAACUCUCUCUCUCUUUGGCUAAACUGUUGUAUCGUCACGCCACAACUUAAAUAAGCGAUAAUUUAAUCUUUAAAUUCGCAACUUUGCCUAGUUUGAAAAGAACCCAAAGAAAAAAACCCCAAACCUUUAAAAUUCCAGUUUCAAUUCGCUGUUUUUCGUGGUACAAAUUUGUUAAACAAAACUCAAACAAUAAAAAAUUUCACAACUGAAA